GUAUGGAUAAUUCCUGGAGCUCUGGGAGCCGGGCCUACCGAGGCGGUCUUAGGGUUUCCACACUCUCCUAUCAGCCAUCAGUCUCCUCCGUCAAUAGACCCGUCAAGUCAACCUGCCGUCGCACCAACUUUAGUUGACGAAAUUAUUUACUCAUUCUUCCUGUUGAAUAUGCAAAUCCUUAUUCACAUCACUUCGGCCGUGCAAUGCAAGUUGGCGUUUUUUCGGCUUAUCAGCCUUAGCCGCCAAUUUGACGUCCUAACUCGGUUCAACUAA